GGUUGGGUCGCGCAGCUAACUAACCGGACCUGCCUCAACAGACGAUCCCUAAUCCAGUCGCAGCCUCUGUGUGGUCCCUCAGCAUCAUCUUCGCUCUCCACACUGCGCACUGGCAACCCUUGUUGUGCCCUGAGAAAGUGAACACCAUCUCAUCCACCACCACCAUCGGCUUCACUUCAACUGGCCUCAUCUUUUUCUUCUCCUCGUCGGCGAUUUUGAUCUCUCUGCUCAUUUCCAUCCGCAGUUUGCUUCAAUCUCUCCCUUUUGCCCUACAAACCCAACAACAACCCCUUCCUCCUUCCGUGAAGAUUCCCCUGAUAGCAUCUCCGCUAUGCCUUCUGCUACAGCGGGCGCUGCCAGCAAUGGCGUGCCUAAGAUUGACAUCCCCAACGGCGACAGUCAAGAUUCUGAUACUCCUUUCUCUGCCAACGACAACAUUCGUCGAUUUGCUCCUCCCUCGAGGGGACUGAGCCCUUCCCAGAAUGCCCUCUUCCACAACAAGACGAGAUGCUUCGUCUACGGCAUGCAGCCCAAAGCCGUCCAGGGUAUGCUGGACUUCGAUUUCAUCUGCAAGAGAUCGACCCCGUCCGUGGCCGGUAUCAUUUACACUUUUGGCGGUCAGUUCGUCAGCAAGAUGUACUGGGGUACCAGCGAGACUCUUCUCCCAGUCUACCAAUCCGUGGAGAAAGCCUUCGAGAAGCACCCUGACGUGGACACCAUUGUCAACUUCGCCUCUUCCCGAUCCGUCUACAGCUCCACUAUGGAACUGAUGGAGAUUCCUCAAGUCCGCAGCAUUGCCAUUAUUGCAGAAGGUGUGCCUGAGCGACGUGCCCGCGAGAUCAUGAUCAAGUCAAAGGAGAGGGGAAUCACAAUCAUCGGCCCCGCCACGGUUGGUGGCAUCAAGCCCGGUGCGUUCAAGAUCGGCAACACUGGCGGUAUGAUGGACAAUAUUGUGGCGUCCAAGCUCUACCGCAAGGGUUCCGUUGGCUACGUCUCCAAGUCUGGUGGUAUGUCCAACGAGCUCAACAAUAUCAUUUCACAAAACACCGAUGGUGUCUACGAGGGUAUUGCAAUUGGCGGUGACAGAUACCCUGGAACCUCCUUCAUUGAUCAUCUCCUCCGAUACCAACAAGAACCAGAAUGCAAGAUCCUUUUGCUUCUUGGUGAGGUUGGUGGUGUUGAGGAAUACCGGGUUAUUGAGGCCGUGAAGAAGGGCCAAAUUACCAAGCCAAUUGUUGCCUGGGCCAUCGGAACUUGCGCGAGCAUGUUCAAGACUGAAGUCCAAUUCGGUCACGCUGGUGCUUCGGCCAACUCUCAGCUUGAAACUGCUGUCGUGAAGAACCAGAAGAUGAGAGAGGCCGGCUUCUACGUCCCUGACACCUUCGAAGAGAUGCCCAAUGUUCUCAAUGAGCUCUACCAGAAGCUGGUCAAGCAAGGCACCAUCAAGCCUGCUCCGGAGCCAGCUGUGCCCAAGAUCCCCAUGGAUUACGCCUGGGCGCAAGAGCUCGGUCUUAUUCGAAAGCCUGCCUCCUUCAUUUCCACCAUCUCUGACGACAGAGGUCAGGAAUUGCUCUACGCCGGUAUGCCCAUUUCGGAUGUCUUCAAGGAGGAAAUUGGCAUCGGCGGUGUCAUGUCUCUUCUGUGGUUCCGUCGCCGCCUGCCUGCCUACGCAAGCAGGUUCUUGGAGAUGGUGCUCAUGCUGACUGCGGACCACGGUCCGGCCGUUUCUGGUGCCAUGAACACCAUCAUCACCGCUCGCGCGGGCAAGGAUCUGAUCUCUUCGCUGGUCGCUGGUCUGUUGACCAUUGGCUCUCGAUUCGGUGGUGCUCUUGAUGGCGCUGCCGAUGAGUUCACCAAGGCCUUUGACAAGGGCUGGUCGCCCAGAGAGUUCGUUGACACGAUGAGGAAAGAGAACAAACUGAUCCCUGGUAUCGGUCACCGAAUCAAGUCUCGCAACAACCCCGACUUGCGUGUAGAGCUUGUCAAGGACUUUGUCCUCAAGCACUUCCCCUCGCACAAACUUUUGGAUUAUGCUAUUGCUGUUGAGACCGUGACCACCUCGAAGAAGGACAACUUGAUCCUGAACGUCGACGGUUGCAUUGCUGUCUGCUUCGUCGAUUUACUCCGAGAUGGAGGCUCUUUCUCCGCCGAGGAGGCCGAGCAAUAUCUCUCCAUUGGUGUUCUGAACGGCCUGUUCGUCUUGGGUCGUUCCAUCGGUCUCAUUGCCCAUUACUUGGAUCAGAAGAGACUGCGUACUGGAUUGUACAGACAUCCUUGGGACGAUAUCACAUACCUCCUUCCCACUAUUGGAAAGACCCCCGGAAACGAAGGUCGUGUGGAGGUCAGCGCGCAGUCAUUGUAAUUGUCCGUGCCAGCGUUGGAUUGCAAAGCGUGUCAAGGCCACUUUGACUGUCGGGGACCAUGACUUUGUUGGGUUCGGCUGGAAGCAACAUCUGAGGCAUUGGGGUUUCAAGACAGGACCGGGAGUUUAUUAUCACUUACGAAAGACCAUGAUGAGGGUACAAAAAGACUCCGAAGAUUGGCGGGAGAAAUGGCGGGCUCGGUUAGUGUACAGCAGAAUGGUCUGGUAGACGGCGGCUGCGGCGCAUGCAUGUUCUUGUCACCGUUGCACCGCGCAAAUGCCCGUAUACUACAUUUUCUUUGCCAAAUUUCCAUUUCCUCUGUCUGUUUCUGUCGGGUUGCCAAACGGUGCUGGGCCGGUCUUAAGCAAAUGAUUUGUCUCGUUGAAUUUCUUGAUUGAUCCCGAAGUUGCUUCCUUCACUGGCCGUAGCAGCGAAGGUGGCCACACGAUGCUCUUGCGAUUACACCAACAUUGUCACGAUGUGAAGAGCAAGAGGAUCUGCGGGAGAGAAGGCGGAGGGGGGUGGAGCAGAGACAGGGUUGGAAGGAGUCGUUGGUCUCGUGGAUUAAAUGGUCCCUUAUGUCUCGAUGGACGUCUAUAUGUCGGGUCUUAUAUAACGCUAAUAUCACUGGAUCACAGAUCAGCUUUUUGGCCUCUCAGACGCCAGCCGCAUGAUC